GAUAUUAAUGCUUAGUGGAGAAGAUGGAAAUGAGAAAGGAGAAGAGGAGAAGAUAAUGGGCGGUGCAGGAGUUUUGAUAUAUCCUCCGGCAAGUCAUCGUUUAUCCCUCCAGAUGGUUACCAGAAGACGGUCUAAUAGGCGUAAGGGCGAUAAUCCAGAAGAAGCACUGCAGCAACGUGUGGCAGCAAAUCGUCGUGAGCGACAACGAACAAAAGAACUAAAUGAUGCAUUCGCCAUUUUGCGACGAAUUGUUCCAUCGUUACCGUCUGAUAAAAUGAGUAAAAUUCAUACACUACGUAUUGCUACAGAUUAUAUUCGCUUUCUAGAUCAGAUGAAUGGUGACGGAUGUCGACUGUUUGGAUGUGAAAUGCAACUCUGUGAUGGGAAUUUGCAAACAACGUUCAAUAUGUGGAGAGGUGGAAUGGCUUCCUUACCACAUUAUUACUCGACCGAUACAUCACCGGUGCAAACUUUCAUCAAAACAGAAGAAAAUGAUUGGUUUAAUGAAGGCACCGAAAUAACUCCACCCGCAACUACAACUAAAAGAGGAACAGCGGUCGUGACAACAGCAACGACAACUGUGGAACAAAGAAGUUCAAUGUAAUUAAUGAAGUGUAACUACCAACCAGAACGGAAGAGUUUCUGAUAAGCAAAAUUGGCCGCAACCAUAUCUGAUUGACUUAUUACUCUUUUUUAACCAUCCAAAAGACUGCCAACCGUAUGGCUUUGUUUAUUUUAGCUUCGCUAUUUGAAUGACAAUAAAAAAAAAAAAGACUACAGUCAGAGAGAACUGUCUCUUUGUGUCUCAUAGGAUAAUGUCGUAACUUUCGGGUCCGAAAGCGCAAUUUCAUAGGUUUUGACAAUCAGAAAGGUGCGAAAUGUGAAUGAUAUCAGUUUACAGAUGCCUUCAUUAGUCAUCUUAAUUCUCUUUUGUGAGAAGGGAUGAAUCAAUGAAGAUGAAGGAAAUGAAUAGGAACAAAUAAUGGUAAUCACUGAGAAC